UGGUCUAUCUGAAUCAUGAGGGAAAUUCAUCUUUAUGAUAUAUUGUUUGAAGAGUUUGAUAGAUAUGAGUGUUUGAAAUUGCAGGCUGGAUAUUCUUCUCCUACUCAUCAAGAUGCUAUUAGAACUGAUCUUGGUCUAUCUUUGGCAGAGUAUUCUUUGUUUGGCUCCAUCUUGACUUUCGGCGCCAUGAUUGGCGCCAUAACAGCCGGACCGAUUGCUGAUUUGAUUGGUCGAAAAGGGGCAAUGAGGGUGUCAAGUGCCUUCUGUGUUGCAGGCUGGCUUGUCAUUUUCUUUUUUGAGGGUCCAAUACCUUUAGACAUAGGGAGGCUAGCAACUGGAUAUGGAAUGGGAUCUUUUUCAUAUGUGGUUGGUUUCACUCACAUUCAUUCUCUUUUACUUGUCAUUGUCACUUUUUGGUACAUUCUUGGAUCAAUGUAAAUUUGUAUUUUAGAU